UGCAAAGAAGCUUCCAGAGGUUAUGGGAAGUGCUGUGUCGAAACACUCACGCUUCUCUUGCCGGAGACCAGAAAACAAGGACGUGGCACCGUAUCUCCCUCAGUUCGAUGUCGCCCACCGCCGCUAUUUCAAGUUUGCCAGCUAUGAACGCAGCGAUGUCCAGUGCGGCUCAGGACGUGCCGAGGUGACGGAGAACGCGCUCAUUCUGUUCAGCCACAUAAAUUCGGAAACGAUACCGCUCAACUGCAUUCGCCGCUAUGGCUUCGAGAGCAAGUGCUUCAUGUUCGUGACGGGCCAGAGAUGUCCAUCGGGCGAGGCAACGCACCGGAUAUGGAUGGAGAAAGCGGAAGAUAUCAUGAUAGAACUUGACAGGACGCUGGCAUGGCGCCGGCAGAUGCUGGAAAAGACAGCCAUGCUAGAGGAGGAGGCCCUGAAAUCAAACAAGCUGAAGGAUCCGUCUGACUCAUCCCUGCUGCAGCGACGCAACCAGGCGAUGAACUCCUACGUCACCGAACCAGCAGUGGCGGAGCGGCGGAGAAGAACGAGAAAGCGGCGGGAGAGAGACCCAACAACGACGACGUCGUCGGAUACUGACUCCAGAAGUGACCUGGAUCGUGCAAGUACACAGGCAGCGGGACAGGCAAGUGCUGGGCAUCGACAGGAUUCUCCGAAGAACGGUUCACUGCUCGGAAGCACGUCGGUGGACGUCAUUUCCACCAGGCAGGGUUCAAAGUCCGGAUCUCCCAGUAAAGCAUCCUCGCAGCGCAUCCGAUUGGGCGGCGAGUCGGGAUCUGAAUCCACGUCAUCGCGUCACAGAAGCCAUCGACCUCCGCGGGCCCGAUCACGGCAUUCCAACUCGUACAAGCCAGGCACUGGGAUGUCCACUCAUUUUGAGUCUCAGCUUCUGGAUGCCCACUCGCAUUCACUUGACACGCUCGACUUGUCCUCGUCCGACGUCGGAGCAACUGAGGACUGCUCCACAACGGAGACCUACCGCUCUCUGUCGACGAGCACCAACGAAGUAGAAACCAUGUCAGUGCACUCUCAACAUAGUGUUUCGGCUGCCCGCCUGCAUGCCAAUCUACCUACAAGUGCAUUCUCGGUAUCGCCCAGCUCUACAAACACCAUUGUGCCAGUGUCCUGCAAGUCGGCUCUGCCAGUGCUGAAGCCGGAAGCCAGCAGGUCGGACUCGAGUGAUUCCGACAAGACCCUCUGCGCCGCUAGCCCCAGCAGCACCGACAAGUUCUCACCUAAUGUACCUACAAGCUCCUCGUCUAGCAGCACCAGCAGCAUCACCCAGCCGCGGAAAUCCACCGCUGCUCAAUUGUGCAGUGGCUGUGCAGAAAUAGUCUACACCACGCCCAGUGUGUACCACCGGCACGCCGGUGACAACAGCGAGGAGGAGAUGACCUGCAGCACGCCGCCCUUCGCGAACAGCACACGCAACAGCUGCUGCCUGGUCAGCAACUCCUCUGCCACUCUCUGCUCCUCAGCAUCCACACUACAUCACGACAUGCCCGACAUGGUAGAGGAAACGGACAGUCCGCCGAUGACGGCAAACUCCCCUCCAGCGGCUCCCGGCCGUCACGACAUUGUGACGUCGUUCUCACUCGGCGGCUCCAACACUUCCCUGAGCUCGCUCGGGCAAACGAGCGGAGCGUCGAAGUCCAGUGUGCCGCACGAAGACGACCACGAAGACGAAGAUCCACACAGCUGCUGUAUAUCGGGAUUGAACCAGGCCGACGGCGACCACACUGACCUCAGUGACUCUGAAUGCUGAGCUAUUUCCUUGCUCUUGGUCCCAUUACAGUUAACAACCAGGCGUACAAACAGCAUGAUUGUACUGCUUGCUCAGGUACACCUUGCCAUGGCUGGGCAUGGCCUGUGCGCCUGCAUUGAGAAACUUGACACAUGCUGAUGAAGGCUGUCAAUUGUCGACAACAGUGCUCACAGUUUUGGCACUCCAGAGUGCUCUUUACUCCCCUCCCCCUUACUCCUUCCAGAAUCGUUGAGUUCUAAUCUGCGUAUUAUAUUAUUCCUCGAAAUCUCUAUUGCUCUCUUCUGGUGAACCUUACGCCUUGCAGCAGUUUUAUUUUGACAGGCAGAAGCUUUUCAGCUCUUGAUUCUCUGAGUACUCAUUACUGUGCCUUUAUCCGCUUCCUUAUAUGGUCUGCAGAGAGCAAUAUGAACAGUUCUAACCUUGUCAAUGCAGCCUUUAUAUCAACUCACUCCAUUUUUUCGCUCUUGUGUUGUGUUCCUCCUGAAGACGCCAUGCCCUGUUAUAUGCAUCAGCAAGAUGACAAGCGGCAAGCGACUUCAAGGUCUCACUUCACUGUUUUCCUUCUAUGGACUAUACUGCUGGUAAUGUUAUUUCCUUCAAUCUUGAAAGGAAUUUUUUUAUACUAAA